GUGAUUUGUGUGUUUUCGCCUCCAUUUUCGCAAGGAAGUGAAAGCAGAAUUCAAGAUGUUUCAGUUCUUUCAACGAAUUCUUGACUGGUUCAAGAGUCUAUUCUGGAAGGAGGAGAUGGAAUUGACCUUAGUUGGGUUGCAGUACUCAGGGAAAACGACAUUUGUUAAUGUUAUAGCGUCCGGCCAGUUUAGUGAAGACAUGAUCCCAACUGUUGGCUUCAAUAUGAGAAAAAUCAGCAAAGGAAACGUCACGAUAAAGUUAUGGGAUAUUGGAGGUCAGCCUAGAUUCAGAAGUAUGUGGGAGCGAUAUUGCCGAGGAGUUAAUGCUAUAGUUUACAUGGUGGAUGCUGCUGACAAUGAUAAGAUAGAGGCUUCUCGCAACGAGCUCCAUAACCUACUAGACAAGCCUCAGUUACAGGGCAUUCCUGUCCUGGUGUUGGGAAAUAAGAGAGACCUCCCUGGGGCGCUUGAUGAAAAACAGCUCAUUGACCAAAUGAACUUGUCUGCCAUACAAGAUAGAGAGAUUUGUUGUUAUUCUAUAUCAUGUAAAGAAAAAGAAAAUAUAGAUAUCACAUUACAGUGGUUGAUACAGCAUUCGAAGGGUCACUAGAGGUCAAAAGCGGGGUCACGCUUCAUUGCAUCAUUUGUCAGCAAUAGGCUCAUUCUUCACCUCAUACGACUUUCACUGACCUAUGGACACCGUGUAUAGAUGCUUCAAGGGGGCACUUUGUCAGUUUGUUAAUAGAUGAAAGUAUAAGAAGAAAUUCCUCAACAUUUCAAAAAUAGUUAAUUAUUUUGGCAGUUAUUGGUACAGGCAUACUGUAUUACUGAAAUUUUCUGAUAAUCAGAUACAGAAUUUUCCAUAAUUCAUGCAUUUGUGUUAAAUUUUAAAGACACCUGUUGUGUUUUAUUAUUGUUAAUUUAUUUAUAUCAUGUAUUAAGCAGUGAUAUAUUGUUUGAUACUUGGUAUCACUGUGGCUGUCACUUUGUAAGCAUGUUUUUUAUAGUCCAAAGGAUCAAAUUAAAGAGGGUUUUUUCAAAAGAAGUACUGGCAACCUUAUAAAAACAGCCCUGAAAUGCAUUUCUUACAAUGUCUUUGUCUAUUGAACAUGUAAAGAAGGAUGGUAGUCAGUUGCUAAAUAGAUAGGGUGCCCCUUAAAGAAAACCCAUGUAUGAGUGUUUGUUUGGUGCAAUCUUCAGACACUCUGUCAUUUCGUUUUUGUCAUGUUGAGUGAGAGAGAUUUUUCAAGUUUUGACCAGUCUGAGCUUAGCUUAGUUUGAAAUUAUAAUAUUUUUUUCAUUUUCAAAGAUACUGUCACCUGAUCAAGUUGAAACAAAAGUGGAAGCAUUGACAAUUUGUUAUGGAUAUGCAAGGUUGUACAGAACAAAGAAAUUGUUAAAAAAAUAAGUGAAAGAUCAAGCUGCCAAGAUUCAUUGGAAUUUAUGAAAACAAUUAUUUGACCUCUUGAAAGAUAUUAAAAUUUUGUUGUUAUUUUAAUUGUUCAAUAAUAACAAUAAGUUUUAAUCCAGGGUUAUAUUUUUUCCGCAUUAAUUUAUAUUCAAAAUUGUGUUCAAUGUCUGUCUUUUUAGGUACAUGUUAGAACGCUUUAUACUGUAUGUGUUUUUGGAGUAGUAUAAGUUUGAAACAUUUAAUUGAAUGAUUAUUAUUGUCAUUUUUCCCCUUAAACAGAAGAAUUAUUAGUAUUAGCAUUAUUCUUUAUUUAUUGAUGUGUACGAGUUCCUCUCAAAUGAUCAGCAAUGAAAUGGGCAUUUGAAGAGCUAUGAUUGACAUUAUAUGUAUGUUUGUGAAAUAGGGUUGCACAACGUCAUAUUUUAAUAUUUGAUGAUUGAAUAUUUAGUAACGUUUGGUGAAAACACAAUUGUAUGAAAAUAUAUAAAUAACAUACCGGUUAUACAUUCAUGUACAUGUAUGUAUAAGAUAGGCGGUGGCUAUUCUAUGGAUAGCUUGAUAAUUUGGAGUGUAACUAUUCCAUAUCAAUGUUGUGUUUUUUUGUCCUUGUUUUUUUCUUAGACUUUUUUGUGAGCCAGGUGUAUUAAAAUAAUAACAUUCAUAUUUAAGCAGGCUUUCCAGCGGCCCUAAAAUCCUAACAAUAUCCUUAUAUUUUGAAGCUUUGUUUACAUUCCUAAAUUAAAUGCACUUAUUAUAAAAUAUCCUUUAUCGGCGCCUUUUUGUUUGUUGUAGGACAAAACAUCCCAUUGUCAACACAUCCCAUGUCAUUUCUGACUAAGUAAAAAAAAUCAUUUUGACCAGGUGGACAAAACAUCCCAAAUCAAUUUGACAUGGUGGGCAAAAGAGCUCUCUUUUUGUGGAAAGGAACUCUGAAAACACUUAUUUUAGCCAGAAAAUAAAUUCAGAAUUGUGAUUAAUUUACUAAUUUCAUAAUUUAUAGUCGGGUGCUGCUGGACAGCCUGUUUAAUUAAUUUUUAAAAAUUGUAUGAAAAUAAUGGCCAUAUUAACAAUGAUGAAAUGAAAAUAUUUACUAGUCAUUACUGACCUUUAUAUUUGCUCAUUUUUUCUAGAAGUUAAUUUUAAUUUAUCGUUCUACUUACGAAAUGAUUCAAUUAUUUUAUUUUCUGAAGUAUCUGGAUAUAAUGUUAAUUGAACUAGUUCUUGGGCCAUAUUCAUAAAACUUCUUAAGUCAUUUCUUUAAUUAAGUUGGAUUUUGAAGUCAUAUUAAAAGAAAACAGAAUUGUUUUUAACAUAAGCUAUUGAAUUCAAUAGAAUAAAUGUUUGUUUUUUUUUAGAAAAUAACCAGUGAGCUACUUAACUUAAAAAUGACUCAAGUUAAUUUUGAUUUCAGUUAGUAAAUGACUUAAGAUGUUUUAUGAAUACUGACCCUGUCAAAUAAUUUUCUAUAAAGUGGCAAAUCAAACUAAACAAUGAUGGCUGUUCUAUAGCUUUACUGUAUAAAAAUAAUGCUUGGAUAGAUUAGUUUAUCUGCAUGUAAAUUUAUCUUUUCUUAUAUAAAAUUAUAUUUAAACACAGUAGACGAUGCACUCAUUCUUAUUUCUUAAUAUAUUUGCUUUUUUAUUACAAUUUCUCGCAAUUGUAUAUUGACCUAUGUAAAUAGUUCUUCACCCUACUUUUUUAAGGUAUAUUUAAACCCAAUCUUUAAAGUGUGAAAGUGUAAAAAUGACAACUACAGCAGUGUUUAUUUUAAGAGUAUCCUCAUUGGCUGUAAGGUAUCAUGUGUACAAUUAUGCUAAUUUUUGGUGCAUAUAUUAUUUUGAAAGGGUUUGACAUGUAGAGAAUGAGUGCCGUAAACGACUAUGUAUAGGACGCAUCCAGCGAGAUGUCAAAAUUAUACUGACAACAAUCAUUACAAACAAGAUUUGUUGACAAAUUGCAAAAUAGGCCAUUUCACAUCUGCUUGCAGUUCGAUAUAGAACAAAAAAUACAAAUUGUCAUAACUUAAUUGAUAAUGUAUUUUUGGUCAUUUAUUUCGGCAAUCAAUUAUCGUCCAUAUGAUGACAAAUUAUAAUGGUUAAACAGGCAUAAAAAUAAUAUGAUGGUCGAUGGCCCGAUAAUAUGACACCUAAAUUGAUGUACAAGUUAACAUGUUAUUAAGAUAGAAGGGAAAUAAGGAAAGUCCUCAUUUACAUGGUGUGAAUUAUGGAUGGUGUCUUGAAGCAGUCUUGGUGCAUUUCAAAUCUUGUUGUAAUAAAAGCAAUGCUAGUGUUCUCAUCCUGCAUGUAUGUGCAAUCUAUAUUAGACGGUAGUGCAAACAAUACUUGUUUAAAUUCAUGGAUCCUGAAUUAACAAUUCAAUGAAUUCAGAGUGUUUCAAGGGUAGUAAUAUAUGACUAUUCAAACAGCCAUAUAUACAAUAUAUAAUCCUCUGACAGUAACUGCUAAUGUAACUGUUCAUAAUACUCAUUGUUCUUUCCAGAAUGUUUGUUCGUUCGUACGAGUAAACAUUGAAGGCUAAUAUUUAAACUAUCAAUGCAAUUGAACGGACAGUGAAUGGGUGUUUCAAAAAUUGUUUUCAAAUGUUUUUUUUGGAAUUGUUAAGUCACUCAAUGAAAAUAAAACGUAAGCUUUCGUUUCUGAAGAAAUAGUAACUGUUGUCAUCUUUUGCAGUGCAAUACUUUACUCUAUUAAGUUGUCCUCUUUCCUAUUUCCCAAAAUUCGCAUUCCAUUAACUAGGAAUUGUAUGUGAGAACUACCAAAUAUUUUUGUUGUCAUGUGAAUGUUUCAGUUAUGAAUUAUUGUUACAUUUUAUUUCAUUUCUAUUGUACAAUUAUUAUUUAUGUCAAGCUAAGUAUAAUUUGUGAUAUUUAAAUAAAUAAUGAACAAAUUUUA